UACGUGACACUCGUGAGUAACAUAGAAUCGCAACGAUGGACGAGGACGGCGAGAAAAUCCCGCUCAAGCUGGCCCAGAUAUCGAUCGACAAGUUCAACCAGGCCAUCCCGCAGUAUUUGGCGGUGCUACUGAACCAUAAAUGCAACAUCGAGAAGGCAGGGACGCUGCACCAGUGGGAGAAGGUGAAGCGGGAGCAGCUCAACGCAGCCCGCAUCCUGAAACAGAUCAAAUCCACGCUCAUGGAGAUCGACCAGGUGCGGAUGCGGGUGCGGACGGCGGACCAUGACAAAUUCGACGCAGCCAUCGAGCCAACAAAGAAGAGCGCCUUCAACAGCAUGGCCGAGUAUAUUGCUAUGCAGUACUCGUUACGGGAACAAGCGGCCCGUGAAACACAGUUCGAAGACGAUGGUGGAGGCAGCAGCUCCUUCGAAGGACACCCACAAUACGGUACCGAGCAGCAGCUCGCGCAUAUUGCCCCAAUUACCACCAAUUUCGACAGACGCCAGGCGGAGUUACAGCAACGCGAGGAGUGCCUCCGACAGAUGACUCACUUACAGCGUGAUAUGGAGGACAUCCAGGAGCUGUACCAGAAGGUGCACGUACUGGUCAACGAGCAGGGCGAAUCGGUGACGAAGGUCGAGCAGAACGUAGAACUGGCGCAGGUAGAGGUCGAGGCGGGCGUGACGGCACUGCGAAAGGCGCUGGAAUACAAGAAGGCCGUGUACCCGUUGGCCGGUGCCCUGCUCGGUACCUGCAUCGGUGGACCGAUCGGACUGGUGGUGGGACUGAAGGCCGGAGGAUUGGCUGCCCUCGGUGGUGGGCUGGUUGGGUUUGCGAGCGGAAAAAUGAUCAAAAACGUUGACGAAGUCUCGAGGUCACCGGGGGCGGAUGAUGAUGAGGAGGCAAACGAUAGUGCGACGGAAGCGACCACCGGUACACCACCACCGAACGGUGAACCAGGUGGGGAGCUGGUACCCGUUAACUCGCGUGCCUGACAGUUGCUGAACCUGUGCAGCAUCCAGUAAUUCCGACACCCAUUCCUUCCGCUCGAAUCCGCUGUAAAUAGGCCAAAUCGCGCUUGAUCGUCGUCCUUUCCUCGCUUACGUGCAUGAUGAUGACGUAUAACUACUCCUCGCGGGUCCCGCGACUUGGUCGCCGGCGUGGGGGUCCAGUGCGAAAUGGAACAGU